AUGGCGACUCAAGAUGCCGAAGUUUACUGUUCGUUCUGUAACGAAGGAUUUGUAUCGUCGAACGCUAUGGGAACUCACUUGAUGAUAUGCGGCAAUAAAACAGAUCAAUGUCCUAAAUGUAGACGAUUCAUUCGACGAGCUAUAUUCGCUUAUCACUAUGAAAAUGACUGUGCUAAUCCGGACGCACCCACAGAAGAUAAUGAAACAAAUAAGAAAACACAAAAACUUGAUACACCACCGGUGAUUAUCAAGUGCGAAUUCUGCAAUCGAAACUACAAUCGAAAUGAACGUACACUACAUAAAGAGAAGUGCACUCCUUAUCAAAUAUAUCUUUCAGAGAACCCACUGCAACGCGGCGAUAGCAAUCAAAACUACAGUUCAGCUAGAUCAAACAAUUCUGAGUAUGAUGCACCCAUUCCUUGUGAGUAUUGCAAUCAAGGAAUUCCAUGGCAUCUUUACGAUAAUCAUACGAGAGCUUGCCGUAAUGAAUUCAAUAAACGGCCAAACGAGCAGAUACGUAGUCAACAGCCACUCCCCACUGUUAAUGAUUCUACUGCUAAGUGCAGCUUUUGUAAACUGCUAUAUUUUGUGGAAGGCCUUCGUUAUCACCAGUUGAUUUGCAAGAUGAAUCCUCGUCGUACGGGAGGUCACUGA